CCGAUCUUUUAGACGAAAUCAAAUCAAAUUCCACAAUUAAUGUGUUCCCUGUGCAAAAUCCUAACAUUGCACUUCGAGCAAUUGCAAUUUUCGACUUUCUGCACCUUCUGCAUGUUGAUAUUAUGCAACAGCAAAUCACGAUUAGAGGGUGGGUGGCACUCGAGUGGAAAAAUGAAUUUGUUCACUGGGAAGCUGAAGAUUACUGUGGGGUGACUCAUAUUCUGUCGAGUGGGGACAAAAAUCUGCUGUGGUUUCCAGAUGUGAUAGUGCCCCAACUGGCUUCGAAUGAGGAUAUUCUGAAAGCGGGUUCUGCCCAGAUGCGAGUGGACGAGAGAGGCGGUUCGAUGAUAUGCAGAUAUGUGACAGUUCAGACCACUUGUGAGAUGAACGCGUGGAAGUUUCCAUUUGAUAAACACGAGUGCAGAAUAAGUGUAAAGGCAGACGCGGACUCGACUGACCAGCUGGUCCUGCUAGCUUCCAACAACAGUGGCAAGAGCUUCAUGGAGGGGGACAUUUGGAAGAUACUCUCUUAUGAACAGAUCGGCGAUGACCCCGUUGCCCAAGCGUAUACCGGAAAUUCUGACGUCACAUAUUCCGAAAUCAAAUACCUCCUCAAAUUUCAGCGACAGGGCAAUUUUAUCUUUACCAUAAUUUCCCUACCCGGGGCCAUGAUCAACCUACUAUGCACGGCUUCGUUUUUUCUUCCGACCUCAAGCGGCGAGAAAAUCGGACUAACAGUCACUUUAUUUCUCUCACAAGCGGUAAACUUGAUGCUUUUUUCGGAGUAUCUGCCCCAGGGUGGAAACUCUAUACCUCUAGUCGGGCAAUAUUUGGUUUUAUCGAUCAUCAAAGCGGCUUUCAGUGUUGUAUAUUCGGUCUACGAUUCAAGAAAAAGCGAAACCGACGAAACGAAAAACGAAAAUGACGAAAACGACGGCAAACUUCGUGAUCAAAAUCCUAAACACGUGGAAGAAAAGAAUGCAAAUAAUUCAAAAACUUCAACUUACAAUCAAAAAGGAAACGGAAAAACUGAAAAAAGCAAUGAAUCGGCUAAUCUAGCAAACUUGCGAUAUGGAUUUGUGUUCACGAGUCGUGUUAACUCGGUUUCGCCGAGUACCGGGCAAACUUACCCAAAGGAACACUCGGAUACGAGCUUCUCAACCGGCUCGACUGGUGGGGUGACUGAACGACUGAUUAGAAAGACGACGCAUAAGAGAGCCGAGAUUAUGGCAGGGUUUUCGACGUUUAUGAAAAACAACAGAAGUGAAUUUAUGGGAUGUGUGUUUGCGUUCAUGACUAUUUCCUGCACUAUCGUGUACGCGUUUCUUCUCUUCUUAGAUUUUUGA